GAAGAGGAUGAGGAGGAGGAAGAGGAGGAGGAAGAAGAAGGGGAGGAAGAGGAAGAGGAAGAGGAAGAGGAAGAAAGGAAGGGGGUUGCGAAGGCAGACGGAGAGGAGAAAGAGGAGAAAAAGGAAGAAGGCCAGAAGGGUUACGAGCGAGCAGAAAGGGAAGAACAGCAUCUCUGCAAGCCAUGCAAGACGGCAAUGAACAUGAAAAAGUGCAGAGGACGUGAAAAGGCUGAAAGAGCUUGUCUCUUCGAAGGGGGCAAAACUAGCGCGACCACAGAAAUUUGUGGCUUCUGCUCGUGUCCAUCCGGCCAUAAAGGCUGUCCGGCCACCCGAGACAAGGCUCCUCGAGCACCGACUUCAGUGCCGCCCGAACCUGGGGAACAGGGUAAAAGCAAAAAGCCAGUGAUUCGUCGCCGGCUGAAGCAAUUCGGCGCCAACAUGGUCACACAUACAGUGUCGGACUACACAAAAGAGCGUCUACUGGCAGCACUGGCCCGGCCAAAGGCGGUUGUCUCGGCAGCAGUUGCUCGAAAGGGCCUCCGCAAUUCCAGCAAUUCACGCCGACGACAACGAUCAGUUCGAGGUCAGACUGAGGUCCCUCUGGCUAAGCCGAACGUGUCCUGUAUCAAUCCGAGGGACUUGGAGGCUAAGACGACUUCCAACUCCGACUCUGUCGCCAAGUUUCCAGCCGAGCUUGCCCCAGCAAAGAUGCCUGGAUUCAAAACUCCU